AUGGAAGGCAAGCUAGCGGACGAAGAAGUCUUGCGCCACAUUCCCAAGGACACCCGCAGCCGGGAAUCAAACGAUGAAGAGGCCCUGGCCGAGGCGCGUCAUUUUGAGGAGGUUUGUCGCGCGUUGAAGUCGUACGGACGGUUUGCGGGAGAAGACAUUGACCGAAUGGAACGGCACUUGAGCAACCUGCACCCAGACGAGAAGGCCCUUCUGAUCCAGCCGAUACCUGAAAGGUAUUGCAACAUCAGCCCCCUUAUUGCCCACUAG